UUAUUAUGAUUUGCUCCAAGAUAACAUGGCAAGGCAUUGAUAGAGCUGGAAAUAGAAUGCAGGGGCCCAGAAUCUGUGCUCUAGCCUCUUCCUAGGGAAUUUAUUAAUUUGUUAAUUUACAGUUCCUAAAUGUGCAUGCUGUUGUGCUGUCUUUUUCUAACCAGCUCAAAUGACAAAGAAAGAAAAACUACCUCUGAACCGAAACAGUUAAGUCAGGCAAAGGAGUUUAUUUCUCUUCCUUUAUCUCAGAAUUCAGUAGGGAAGUUUGUGCCAGUCUUCGCAAAACCAAAGAAAGGUUUGACUGAAACACCUGAGAGAAAUGAUGGAGAAGCAGCAGGGUUUCAAACAGAACAGACAGUAAUGAUGCACAAACUUCAGGAAAUAUUAGAGCCUAAUCUCCAAUGCACAGACAGCAAUCUGGCAUGUGAGUCCUCAGAAGCAGAUAUGCAGGAAGCAAAGUUCUCACCAGAGUCAUUUCAGUUGAUGGGGUCCAAAGUGCAAGAAGCUGGAGAUAUGGAAAUUUCUCACUGUCAGAAAUGUACAAGUGAAGGGCUGGAUGUUAAAACUCAGAACCAGCAGAAGAUUAAAAACAUAAGCACCAAGGCUGCUAUGGUAGGUGAUUCUCACCAAGGAACAGGGAUAGCAUCUAAUUUACAAGAAGACAACUGUGACAAAAACACCUUCGUGGAACUUGUUCCCUUAUUUCCAGAUACUUUAUGUCAUAAGGAUGCAGGCAGUCAUGAAAACAGGAACCUGUCUCUAGGGUCACUUGAAUGCCCCAUUGAAAAGGAUGUGAGCUGUAGUAUACUAACAGAAUACAGAAUUUCUGACAGAGGUAAAGGCAAUCAAAAUGAAGACCUUCUGAAUAGUUGCCUUGAGAAUGUGGACCAAAAGAUACCCACAGAGGAUGAAAUUGCCAUAAAACUAGGCAACUUUGUUAAAGAAGAAAAAGAGACUAAGGAUGUGCAUGGGGAAGUCAUAGAUCUGAUGGAUACAAGCGUCAAAAGCAAAAUGGAGAGCAACCUAAUGAAACCUCAAUUUUUAGUAGAUUUAAAGAUCACCACAGAUAAAGAAAAGAACAACUCAUGCACAAGGGGCAGAGGUGAAGAGCAAAGCAGCAGUGACAAAGGAGCAGAGCAGAACAGUCCAUUCAAAGAUGACAAAGCUGCAGAACAAAAUAGCCUUCACAGCAGUGGCAAAAUUGCAGAACACAGCGACCUGUGCAGCGCUGGUAAAAUUGCAGAUCGAAGCAGCUCAAAAAGCAGUGUCAAAACCACACAGCAAAGUAGCCCAUGCGUAAGUGCUGAAGUUGUAGUAGAGCAAAGAGGCAAUUGCAAAAUUACAGAGCAAAGCAGCUCACAGAGCAGUAGUGGCAGAGUCUCAGAGAAAAUCAACAGUGACAAAGACAGAGGUACUUCUGGGAAGGAUUUUCUUAGUAGUACUCCAUCCAUGAUUGUUGAUCUGAAGAUGGAUAUAGAGGUUACUGAAUUAAAAAGCAUACAAGCUACUGAAACAACCUGUCUAUUCUGCAUACAAACUGAAGGGCGUGGUCACUUAGAGUGCAACAACACCUCACUGCAAACAGCUUUUUACAAUGGAGAGAGUUAUACAGGCAAAGAAGAGGCAGAAAAGAAGAGCAAGACAUCUGUAGGCACCAGAGCAGAAUCUGACCCAAAUGCUUCAACUCCCUUGAUUGAUAAUAGCUUUAUAUGUGAGAACAAUCAAGAAGAUUACAUCACUUUGGAGUCAGGGAAGGAAAAUGGAAGUGAGAAGGUGAGGCCUGGUAGGAAACAGUCACCAUUUAGUAUCUGUGACUCAAGACCUAAUGCAUUAGAAGUGAAACAGUCAAAUACAGAUAUUGUCCCACAGGCAGCAACUCAAAUUCCAGAGGCAGGAAUAAAGUCUUCUCCCCUUUCAUUUGGCCUCCCGUUGAAUGUAAAAAACAAUGAAGAAAUGGUCAUUUGUGAGAAAAAUAAAAUGGACCCUGUUCCCAUGGAAAAUUGUCUUUCCCCUAUAGAUGUUCUUGAGCAACUGGAAAGAGAAAAGGUGAUAAUCAAUCAUAAAAGAGAAACUGAUGCUAAUUCAGGUGUCUGGAAAUCUCUUUCUGCAGCAGAUACAGGUUUGCCUAGUAGUGCACUGAGGGAUUCUUCCCCAGUGGACCAAACCUGCUCACCUUGGGAAGAUGCACUUUCUCUGGAUCUAGAAUUGUUGCCUGACAACCCGUUACAGACUGUCCUUGAAGAUAACAGAGUUGAAUUUCCACUAAAGCAGCGAUUUUCUGUGGAUAGUAAUUGCAGUCCUUCCAUCCCUGAAAGUGAUCUGUAUCCUGAAGGAGAACGACGUCCAAAGACACCAGUCCCAAUCAUUAAUAUAUCUUACCCAAACAAGCUGCAACCCAGGGUUGAGAUGAUGGAGGGGGGUUGUGAUCCCACCAAAGAGGAAGAUGCAACAGAUGUUGUUUGUGGUCUGAUUAUUGAGCUCUCUAAUCUCAAUCGACUGAUAAUGAACACCCACAGGGAUCUGGAGUCUUUAAAGAGAUUGAAGUACAGAAAAAGCAGACAAUCCGGAAGGUUUAUUGCUCAUGCCCUGAAGGGAGCGACAAAUACUCUGUACUAAGUAAAAAAUGGAAGGCGCUCUAGGACUGUGCAUCAAAUCAGAGCUACAUAGCAGCAUUGUUGGGUUUAAUGGUUUAAAUGGCCAGAGGUUUUGUUCUGGUGUUGCUUUUACUCUCCUACAUUUGGCAUUUUGAACCUUAUUCUUAUUUACACUCAGGGCCCUUGACAGCACUCUAGCCAUGUUAAGGCUCCUUUUCACUGGCAGAAUGUAGUAAAUGAGGCUGAACUAUAAAUGAGACUAAGGCCCAGUGUCUUAGAACCAAAUUCUUGCUGGCUACUGGCUGAUUGCAGUACAGGAAUAUCCACUCAUCUCCUGCCUCCCCAAAAGGCACAUAUACAGAUUUCAAAAAACAGUUGUAUGCUCAAAUUCUGGUUGUAAACCGUUGGUCUUUCCCUUCCAACCUUGUCCAGACUAGAGGUUAAAGGUGAAAUGUUGAGCCAUUCUAGCUACCAUGUUUGAAAAAGUCUAGUGUAGACAAGGCAGCAUAUACAUGCUAAACUGUUCAAGGUAAACCCUAGUCUCCCCACUGAAGACUUCACCUCAAUCAGUUUAGCAUGUGUUUAAAGUCCCAGACUUUUGAAAAUACCUUUCAUCCACUUCUGUUAUGGAGCCCUUGCAGAGCAGGCUUUCUUCAUGUUUUCAGGGAAAACCAGAACUGAGGUGCUCUUUUCAGUCCUAUGACCCUGCAACAGCCUGGAUUUGUGCAGUAUUAUUCUGAUAUAAAUUAUGCAGAAAACAUUGGCCCUUGAAUAAAAAGUGAAACUGUU